UUGUCCUGGAAGCUGGGUAGUUGUGGUCUGUUACCAAAAUAAUCAUGACAGAGAGAGACGAGCCUUUAACUCCGGCGGGCCGUUUAUUCGUCCAGCCAGGUAUGGACCAAGUCAUCAACUGCGCUAUUUCCUUAGACGAUCCAAUCGACGUUGACGCCGUCAAAACGGAAAUAAGUAACUCCAUAUUAGUUAAACAUCCAAGAUUCUCAAGCAUCAUGGUCAAAGACAAGUGUGGUCGUGAACGUUGGUGUAAAACAGAAGUCAAUGUUGACGACCACUUCAUUAUUCGCCGUGAAGUUCUCAGUGAUGAUCCGUCAGUUUCUGAUGAAGAUGUUGUUAAUGAUUACUUAGCGGAUCUCUCUGUUUCGACACCGUUAAGUGUGACGAAGCCUUUAUGGGAAUUUCAUCUUCUUUUAGCUCAUAAAUGUGCUGUUUUGAGACUUCAUCAUGCUCUUGGUGAUGGUAUUUCACUUAUGUCUAUGUUGCUGUCGUGUUGCCGGAGAGCCGAUGAUCCUACUCAGCGCCCCACUAGUCAUGGUAUUGGGACUUCUAGUUCAUCAAACAAUGACAAGGGAUAUUGGAGCUUGUUGAUGAAGUUUUUGAAAGUGAUAUGGUAUACAUUGGUGUAUGUUAUAGAGUUUGGUCUGAGGAGUUUGUGGUUGAAGGAUAAGAAGACUGCGGUAAGCGGCGGAGCUGGAGUUGAGCUAUGGCCGCGGAAAGUGGCCACGGCCAAGUUCAACAUUGACGACAUGAAGACGGUCAAAAAAGCCAUCGGUAAUGCUACCAUCAACGAUGUCCUCUUUGGAAUCAUAUCGUGUGGGCUCUCUAGGUACCUGGAUCUGCGUUCACACAGAGCUCUGAAAGAAGGGACUCAGAUGACUGGAGUUGCUAUGGUCAAUUUAAGAAAACAAUCUGGAUUACAGGACUUCUCAAAGCUGAUGAACAGCACAUCGGGAGCACGGUGGGGUAACAAAUUUGGCAUGCUACUCUUACCAGUUUAUUAUUACAAAGGUGGAAGUGAUCCAUUGCAGUAUGUAAGGAGAGCUAAAGCAAUGAUUGACAAGAAAAAGUUGUCACUAGAGGGUCCUUGCUCCUACAAAAUUGGAGACCUUAUCAUGUCCUUCUCUGCUAAGCUAGCUAGCUUGCUCAACUACAGAAUUGUUAGUAAUACAACUUUCACAAUCUCAAAUGUGAUCGGCCCUCAAGAAGAUAUCACAUUCGGGGGGAACCACAUAUCAUCUGUUCGGGUCACUUCUACAGCCCUGUCCCAUGCAAUCACAAUGCACAUGGUGAGUUACGCAGGAAGAGCUGACAUGCAAAUAUUGGUGGCUAAAGACAUCAUCCCUGAUCCCAAAGUUCUAGCCAAGUGUUAUCAAGAUGCCUUGCUGGAAAUGAAGGAAGCUGCACAAGCUGUUGGAAAAAAUUAAAAGAUUUAACUUAUGCAUCACAGAGUAAUGAACCUUUUCUACACCAUCAUUGUAAUUUAAUCUGUUAUAGCACAUUGUUUCCUAAUAAUUCCUGUUAUUAUGGGCAGUAAGUAUAUAUACUCAUCUUUUUAGUGACCUGAUAGUGUUUUCCUCAUAAAAAGUUACUUCUGGGAGAGAGAGGAAAAAGGGAAAGGAAGAGAAGGGGCUAUGUAAUUUAGAGGUACAGUUUACAUGUGAAAGAGUUGAGUACAGAAGUUCCUGCCAUACCCUUUGCUGUUAUUGGAGUGUAAAUUAAUGAAUUGGCUCAUUCCUUGAGACCUCUUUCUGUGCA